UUGGCCUCGAGCCGCUCGCCUCCGAGCGUGGUGUUGCUUCUUUUUCAUAAUUUAUGUCCAGCAUUUACAUAACCUUAGAGAAGAAGAAAAACUGCGAAACAGUGGAUAUAUGGCGUGAUCUAACAAUUAUCAAAUUUGAACCCGUACUGAUAAAGAAGAAAGCUUGGUUGGAGAUCGGAUUUCUUAACUUUAAGUUUCUUUCAACAGCUGGCAUUGAAACAAUGGUUAUAUCUGCUAUUCAAAAUAAAAAUAGUUCUUAAGGAAAAAUGUAAAAAAACCAUACAGAAAUAAAACCAAGUGCUCAUAAAGCGCACUGAGCUUCUCGUGACUCAGGGAAAGUGUGACAUUACACUCAACUUGUCAGACUAUUCUACCCUUCCACACCUCCGAGAAGUGUGGAACUAAGUAAAGAAUGACAAGGGGUUCUUAACAGGGGGAAAAGUGCGACAAUAUCCUUACUUUGUCAGACUAUUCCACAGUUCCACACCUCUGAGAAGUGUGGAACAAGGUAAAGAAUGACAAGGGGUUCAUGACUGGGGGAAAAGUGCGGCAGUAUCCUUAGUUUGUCACACUAUUCCACACUUCCAGACCUCUGGGAAGUGUAGAACUAAGUAAAGAAUGACAAGGGGUUCUUAACAGGGGGAAAAGUGCGACAAUAUCCUUACUUUGUCAGACUUUUCCACACUUCCAGACCUCUGAGAAGUGUGAAACAAAGUAAAUAAUUACAAGGGGUUCAUGACUGGGGGAAAAGUGCGGCAAUAUCCCUAGUUUGUCACACUAUUCCACACUUCCAGACCUCUGAGAAGUGUGGAACUAAGUAAAAAAUGACAAAGGGUUCAUGACUGGGGGAAAAGUGCGGCAAUAUCCCUAGUUUGUCACACUAUUCCACACUUCCAGACCUCUGAGAAGUGUGGAACUAAGUAAAGAAUGACAAAGGGUUCAUGACUGCGGGAAGGUGCGACAAUAUCCUUACUUUGUCAGACUUUUCCACACUUCCACACCUCUGGGAAGUGUGGAACUAAGUAAAGAAUGACAAGGGGUUCUUAACAGGGGGAAAAGUGUGACAAUAUCCUUACUUUGUCGGACUUUUCCACACUUCCAGACCUCUGAGAAGUGUGGAACUAAGUAAAGAAUGACAAAGGGUUCAUGACUGGGGGAAAGUGCGACAAUAUCCUUACUUUGUCGGACUUUUCCACACUUCCACACCUCUGGGAAGUGUAGAACUAAGUAAAGAAUGACAAAGGGUUCAUGACUGGGGGAAAAGUGCGACAAUAUCCUUACUUUGUCGGACUUUUCCACACUUCCACACCUCUGAGAAGUGUGGAACUAAGUAAAGAAUGACAAAGGGUUCAUGACUGGGGGAAAGUGCGACAAUAUCCUUACUUUGUCGGACUUUUCCACACUUCCACACCUCUGGGAAGUGUAGAACUAAGUAAAGAAUGACAAAGGGUUCAUGACUGCGGGAAAGUGCGACAAUAUCCUUACUUUGUCGGACUUUUCCACACUUCCAGACCUCUGGGAAGUGUGGAACUAAGUAAAGAAUGACAAAAGGGUUCAUGACUGGGGGAAAGUGCGACAAUAUCCUUACUUUGUCGGACUACUCCACGCUUCCACACCCCUGGGAAGUGUAGAACUAAGUAAGAAGUGAAGAAACUCUGGAUUUCAUGGCCAGGGCUGGACAUGGCUCCCCCCCCCACUCCCGGGACCCUGACUCCUUUCAUCUUAAUUAAGAAGGGACGCUCAAUACUCACAUUAUCUCUCAUGUGUUGUUAGGGCAGGGAUAUUUUCAGGCUCACAGUAAUUGUUACAAGCUGUUAUGGCGCCCCUGCCAUAUCUGGCGAAAAAUAUAGAUGAAAUAAGAUUGUGUAACUUCAUUAUUAAAGAAGAAAAGAGUUUCCUUCUGUUAGCGUAGAAGGCCUAUUUUUGGAUAGCCAGCGAACAGACUGACUUGUGCAAGUUCGGUUCCGCCGCCAAAAUUUUCCCCGAACUCACACAUAGCCGGAGUCUCCCCGCAGGCUAAUUUUCGGGGCAAGUAAUUGUUUCCUCUUCCUUGUAUUUUACAGAUAUCGAUGAAUGUGCGGACAACUUGCAUGACUGUCACGUUAAUACCUACUGUGAUAACACUUAUGGAUCCUACAAAUGCUUACGUAAGCAACUAUAUUAUAAAUAUAUAUAUCUAUAUACAUAGAAACAUUGGGGCAAAGGAGCGUUUUAGCUGCGAUUUAACGAGCUCGAUUGGACCUUUAGCCUUUUGUCAGAGCAAUUCGUUCUAGCAAAGGGCUAGCUCUAGGAACGUCAGCUUCUCAAUCCCCCUACUUUGGCCAAACUAUCGACUCAGUUGAUGAAACUUAAGUUAUUUCACUCCCCUACCGACGCGACACCGCAGUUUCUUAAGAAAUUACUUUAUUUCACUAUUUUCCUUUAGCUUACUUAAAUGGAUCAACUAUUCUUCGCAAUGACAGCAGGUACUUAGAGAAUCUAACUUCAUUUUUGAAGCCAGUGGUCAAUAGCUCAGUCCGUAGUAGGUUUGUGAGGUGUUGGCACGCUAAACAGGACGGAUGGGCGGCGUCUACUUUCCACGGCAACUGUGAUGACAAGGGACCCACUGUUACUAUCAUUCAAGUCGGCAGUUUCAUAUUUGGUGGAUACAGUGAUGUAUCAUGGAAAAACUUCAGUAAGUACAUGAACCAGGAAAAUUAGGACUGUUUCUUUUUUAUGUUUGCUAACAUCCGAAGCCUGGUAUUGACUACCUGCAAAAUUAUCUUGUAUAUAUUUUUCCAGGAUUUUCUUUUAAACAGUGUUUUUUGAUUUUAUUUACUACUUAUUUGUCGGUCCUAAAAAUUUUUUUCGUUUGUUUGUUCCAUGUACGUUCGCUAGUUAUGAUUAAUUUAAAUGCAUGAUAUCUUUGGUAAGUAGGCUAAGUUUGCGACUCUAAGAAUUCCUUGAGUCUAGCGACGACGGAUUUCUUGAAUUUAAGACGACAUACGUGAAAUUAUAUUCUCAAAAAUCAAGGAAAGUACUUAAAAGGUAACUAGAUUAACAUCUUUACCGUUCAAAGUCUAAUAACAAACGAGUACUUUUGGAACUUUUCUAAAAACCUUAAUAACACGCGUUUCAUGCAGAAUAUUUUUUCUAAGUUUUGGAUUUUACUCGAAUUUAAUGUUCAUUGCAAAUGAAAUCGCAAGAAGUGAAGAAAUCUUUGCGAGGUUUUAAUUCGUUCUCUCUCUUUACAAAAAACCCACAGAAGGGCCAAAUCGCAGGAAUAAAGGAUAUCACCCCUGUAUGGUGAAUUCAUUAGGCGACCAAUUUACGGUUAGGUGGUCCCGGCCUUAUUUUUCUGAAUGUUGAAUGCUGCUUAAAAAUUUAUAUCGAUCACGGUGAACGAAAAAUAUAACGCCAAUGAAGGUCCAUUUAGAACAUUCAUGAGCAAUUUUACUGUGCAAAAGCACCCUUGCGAACAUGAGCGGGUGGGGCAACCUCGUUCCCAGCUUUCUGUCUCUUCCGCCCUCGAGAAAGGAGGGAGAACCCUGGAAACGAGGUAGCCGGUGGGGCUCAAAGCUUAGAGCAUGCGCACUACCCUUCCACCAAUGUGGCCCGGGUCUUCUUUAGAUCCUAAGUUUUGCGGCAUACUUGUUUGUGGUCCUUUUUAAUUUGUAGUUAGUGUUUUGGGGCCGUAGAUCUAUUUUAUUGCUGGUUUUCAGUGUUACGCCAUUCAAAAUAGAUCAAAAUAAAAAUCAAAACCGUUCAAUGGAUAAAGUCCAGAAUCUGGGAAAUGAUAGGAGGUACAUAUACAAAGACCCUCGCCAAGAUUCAGGUCAGAGGAAUAUUUCGUAUACGAGAUAUCCGAAGAAAUGUUUUACCCAAACUUAUAGAGAUUUGUAUGGAGACGCCAUGCUGGUGAUCACCUGGAUGAACUCCAACAUGGCGGACGGAAACCAACAGAAACAUCUGUUACCGAGUUUUGCUACAAAAACGUGAAUUUAUUCUUCUAGAAACUCAUAAACAUUAAAGUAAUCCUUUUUCCAGUACAUGAACUGUUUAGAUAGCAAAAGUUUCUGAAAUAAGUCAUUUUUUUAACCUACAAGACAGCUCUCUUGGCCGUCAUGUAAAUGCCGCGUCACGCAAAAGCUUAGAAAUUCAAUCGUACUCUAUCACAAAACCAAGAACCUUUUGAAGCGAAAAUUUGUAUGAAAAUUAGUUUUAAGCAACUCUAAUGCAUCGUGAAAGUAAAAUCUCGGUAGGAUUGAUAGUUUUUUAGUUUGAAUUUUAGUGACGUCAUGUGAAAGCCAACGAUAGAUCCGAUAUGCUAUCAUUUUGCAUGAUUUUGUCCAGUUUCUAAGGUUGGUUUUGGCCAAAUAUUGUAUGCAUUUUCUUUGCGAGACAUCAACGCGACACUUGGACCCUUGCCACGGGAUUUGCCACAAGAGAGGAUAAACGUUUUUGCCAUUAUUUCCGCCUCCUCCCCACAACAAGGGGAGGGGGCGGCUGUACACAGGCUCGCUAUGUUGAACUAGAUCACUAAAUACUCCAAGGGGUUGAAUUUUGAUGAAAAAGCCAGGCGUUUCUCUUGUGAAUUAAGGUUUUAAAGAAGGCAAAAUGCAUGUUAUUUUCUCCUAGGUUCUUGCCGUAAUACAGGUUCAACAAAAGCCUUCCUCUACUCACUGAUGAACUACAACAACGGUUCUGGAUACGCUGUGUACAAUCCUGUUAAGAGAGGAAUCAUACACUGGCGUACAUUUGAGUCAGUACCUGUAAAGAGAUGUGCUUCGCACGGACCAUUCUUUAACGCUGACCUUGAGAUAACAAACAACGCUGCAAGCAACAAGUAUUCUCGUACUCAUUGUGGCUUCAGCUACAACCUUCCCACAGGUGCUGGCUAUGGUGACACAUGUAAAUUCUAUGCUGGAACCUACCGAUUUACCCCAACAGAUGUCGAAGUAUUCUACGAAACAACCUCUUAAAGGGCGACAUGUUAAUCCCGAGGAGGGGCUACCCAACGAAG